AUGUUCGUGUCCGACUGCCGCCGGGAGUUCUACGAUGUGAUCGUCACCCAGCGUGUUCUUCUUCUUGUUGCUUCAGAUGUUGAUGCAUUAUGUGCUUGUAAAAUACUCCAAGCUUUGUUUCAGUGUGACCAUGUGCAAUACACACUCGUGCCAGUGGCUGGGUGGCAAGAGCUUGAAACUGCCUUUCUGGAGCAUAAAGAUCAGUUCAAGUACUUUGUUCUUAUUAAUUGUGGUGCCAAUGUAGACCUCCUGGAAAUCUUGCAGCCUGAAGAAGACACUUUUUUUUUUGUAUGUGACAGUCACAGACCCAUCAAUGUAGUGAAUGUUUACAAUGACACACAGAUUAAGCUGCUGGUCAAGCAAGAGGAUGAUCUCGAUGUUCCUGCUUACGAUGACAUCUUCAGAGAUGAGGAGGAGGAGGAGGAGGAAGAGGACUCAGAGAAUGAAAGUGGUGGCUCAGAGCCCCUGGAAAAGCGCAGACGAUUUGAGGAGGAGGUAAUAGAGAGGACAAUGAAAAGGAGACAAAGGAGAGAAUGGGAAGCACGCAGAAGAGAAAUUCUUUUUGAUUAUGAGCAAUAUGAAUACCAUGGAACCUCGUCUGCAAUGGUGAUGUUUGAUCUGGCAUGGAUAAUGUCUAAGGAUUUGAAUGACAUGUUGUGGUGGGCUAUUGUUGGCCUAACAGAUCAGUGGGUCCAAGAUAAAAUAACUCAGAUGAAGUACGUGACUGACAUCGGGGUCCUGCAGCGCCACGUGUCGCGCCACAACCACCGCAACGAGGACGAGGAGAACUCCCUGUCCAUUGACUGCAUGAGGAUUGCAUUUGAGUAUGACCUGCGCCUGGCACUGUACCAGCACUGGUCGCUCUAUGAAAGUCUCUGCAACACCUGCUACACCUCUGCCAGCCUCAAGCUUUGGUCUGUGCAAGGGCAGAAGAGGCUCCAGGAGUUUUUGGCUGACAUGGGUUUGCCCUUGAAACAAGUGAAACAGAAGUUUAAUUCCAUGGACAUGUCUUUAAAAGAAAAUCUUCGGGAGAUGAUUGAAGAAUCUGCAAACAAAUUUGGAAUGAAAGAUUUGCGAGUUCAGACUUUCAGUAUUCACUUUGGCUUUAAGAACAAGUUCUCAGCAAGUGACAUAGUUUAUGCAACAACUUCUCUCAUGGAGAACAUAGAGAAAGAGGGGCCUGAAACAACUAAUUUCAUUAAGGCUUUGGACAGUCUUUCCAGAGGUAACCUGGACAAGCUGCACCAAGGACUGGACCUGGCCAAAAAGCAGCUACGUGCCAUUCAGCAGACAGUGGCCAGCUGUAUUUGCACCAACCUUGUCAUUUCCCAGGGGCCAUUUCUUUAUUGCUCCCUCAUGGAGGGCACACCAGAUGUGAAACUGUUUUCCAAACCAGUGUCUCUAUGUCUGCUUAGUAAAUACUUACUGAAAUCCUUUGUUUGCUCUACAAAAAACAAGCGCUGCAAGCUGCUGCCCCUGGUCAUGGCUGCACCCAUGGAUGUGGAACAGGGAACUGUGAUCAUGGUGGGGAUUCCUCCAGAGACAGAAAGCUCAGACAAAAAGAACUUUUUUGGAAGAGCCUUCGAGAAGGCUGCGGAGAGCACGAGCUCCCGGACGCUGCACAACCACUUCCAGAUGUCCAUAAUUGAAUUGAAAACAGAAGAUCGGAGCAAGUUUCUGGAUGCACUCAUUUCUCUCUUGUCUUAAAGUGGUGCCUUUUGGCUCCUUGUGCUGGAAGCUGAGGAUGAGACCCUCUGAA